UAUGGGCCGAGGUUACAAAGAUGACGUUACAUCUUAAUUUAGCGUCGUUUUUCAACGCCAGGGACCGAGGUGCAACUCUUUCUCUAUUUGUAGGUUAAAGGCUAAUGCAAUAAGUCUUGUUUAUGGGUUCUCUUCAAAGGGACGUGUACUUGAGGCUAAGCUUGGCCAUUUUCUUUACGGCUUUUCUGUUUUUCUUGGACGUAUUCAUUGAAAGGAAUUCUUGCAAUGAUCACACGGAAAACGCGGAGUCUUUUAACUAUACGCGUGAAUUUAACAUUUCACAGGAAUACCUUGUCACGACGGUGUGGUUGAACAAUGUAAGCAACCACCUAAACGAAUCGCUGUGUACAGGGGAGAACUCUUUUGCGCACGGGCAAGCAACAUAUAUGACGGGUUUGCUCAUUGGAUCCAUUUUCGGAGGAACUUUGUCCGACAAGUACGGGAAGAAAUCCCUCCUGGUUUGUUGUUGCGCGGUGCAUUCCAUAACCGCGCUGCUGACCGCCUUUCUGCCAUACGUCUUUACCGCCCGCUGCAUCACUGGGAUAACCUGCUGUGCCAUUCACAUCUGUACUUACAGUUUGGGGGUGGAAUGGAGUUUACCGAAGUAUCGCAUCUGGCCGCCCACCUUUUUCUCCUUCGUCUUCAGCGUGGGCAUGAUGGUCGUGGCUGCUGUCGCCUACCUUACGCGAGGAUGGCUGCAGUUCCACCUGGCGCUGGCCAUUCCACAGAUUCUCUGUGUACCUCUCUAUUUUUCGAUUCCAGAAUCUCCAAAAUGGCUCCUUCUAAAUAAGAUGUGUAUUUUAGAGCGCUACCGCAAUAGGAGUCCUGAGGACAGACGUUAUCUUGAUUUGCUUUUGGACACCGUGGGAAAUGAGUGCCAGAAGGCUAACGCACUGGAGACGGAUACUGAAAAAGUUUCUGGAUUCAUCCACUUUAAAUCAGCCACAAUAAUUAUGCGCCUUUUCAUCAUGAGUUUUAUUGGAUUAGCAUCCGCCCUCACCUACUAUGGGAUCUGCUUCGGUGUGGGCAGCUUUGGGGUGGAUGUCUACUUGGCGCAGUUCUUCUCAGGCCUGUCGGAGUCCCCCUCACUCCUGCUGCCACUUCUGCUGGCCCGUUGGGGCCGCAGGUCCUUCUGCAUGGCCACUCUGCUGCUCAGCGGCACCGGCUGCCUGCUAUCUCUCCUCGUCUCCAAGUUCUGCCAAAUUCCUGCGCUGGUGAUGGCUCUUGCUCUGAUGGGGAAGCUAUGUGUGCAGGCCACCACCUGUGUUUCUCUGCUAUAUGGCAUCGAGCUUUUCCCUACUGUCAUAAGGCAGAAGUGUGUUGGCCUGGUUAGCCUAUCUUAUCGGAUGGGCUGCAUUGUCAAUGCAGUGGUGGCCCCCAAGGGCGGGAUCUCUGUGGGAGCCAUGAUCUGUUACAGCAGUGGACCCUUGCUGGGUGCAGCGCUGUGCUUGUUUCUCCCAGAGACCAGUGGCAUCCCAUUACCAGAUACAGUACAGGACUGCGAAAGACAGUCCACGCUGAAGCUGAAGCCUACGUCCUGCUGUUCCCAGUGAGACACCGUGGGAAAAGCUUGCAGCAGAUUUCAGACGUCACAUUUUGUUAUGCACAGUUCUAAGUCGACAUUCAUGGUGUUUUCUUGCCAACGGACAAUUUGCAGCAAUGUUUUCGUUCAACUCUGGCACAUAAUCAAUGAGUGGAGGAUGGUGCACACUUCUUUGCUCACAGCUGCAGUGGUAUAAGUGUAAGGAAUAGGCUGGUAAAAUUAAGUACAGAAACAGUACAACAAUAGAAGAAAGUGGCAUGUUGGAGAAGUAAUGAGUGUUAACAGGCAAAAGAGGCUUAAAAUUGCAUUAGAUAUAUUAAUAAAGUAAAACAAAGGAGUAUAGAGAGUCUUUGUCCUUUUAGAAUGAUUUGCGUACAGGGCAGAGGCCUCUGCAGGUUUCCAGUAAAGGAUCCUAAGUAGGCACUGGUGGACCUCAAGGUAAGAUAUACAACCUCUCCACCAGCCUCAGGAUUAUUUUUCUGUACCAUCUUUAGGACAAGGUUAAUAGAAGUCUUCUCUUGGAAUAUGGUGGUAACGGGUUACAACUGGUGUGGGUGUUGAAUGUCAGUUUGCAUAUGUUGACUGAUGCAAUGGUGGUGAAUGCAAACCCUAGUAUGUAAAAUGGUGGGGUGAAUACAUAAUUCUGACCAAUGUAUAAAAAUGUGGCUUCUUUGUUCGGCUGUUGGACAUUCUCCGGAGGGUGCCUCAAUCAUGCUUGUUAAUGUUAACUUGCAAUAAAAGAAGGACAAGCUAUCUUCUUUAA